ACACCGCAUUUAAACAUAAUUUAAUGUCAUUUUGACACUAACAAAGGGAGAGGAAAAAUAAGCAACUCGCACAGUCUCUCGCUUAUAUUUCCUUCGGAAGUUCAGAUCCAUCUCUCUCUCUCUCUCUCUCUCUCUCCGGCUUGGAGAGCUAAAAAGGGUUUGUCGUUGCUUUGGAUCUCCAAGGGAUCAAUCUCCAAACAGGUGUAGUUUUGAACCCUCGGUAGGGGGUUUCAUCCUUUCGGCAAUUCAGAUUCCGUGUUUUGAAGCGUCGAUCUGAGCACCAUGGCUGCCGCAAGUGCUCCGAUCACUAUGAAAGAGGCAUUGACGUUACCAAGUAUAGGGAUCAAUCCUCAAUUUAUUACCUUCACACAUGUUACAAUGGAGUCGGACAAAUACAUAUGUGUUCGUGAAACAUCCCCUCAGAAUAGUGUGGUUAUCAUUGACAUGAGCAUGCCUAUGCAACCUUUAAGAAGGCCCAUUACUGCUGAUUCUGCUUUGAUGAACCCAAAUGCGAGAAUACUUGCUCUCAAAGCUCAACUUCCGGGAACUACACAGGAUCACCUGCAGAUAUUCAACAUUGAAAUGAAAGCAAAAAUAAAAUCACAUCAGAUGCCUGAGCAGGUUGCCUUUUGGAAAUGGAUUACCCCAAAACUGUUGGGCCUGGUUACACAAACCUCAGUAUAUCAUUGGUCAAUUGAAGGUGACUCGGAGCCUGUAAAGAUGUUUGACAGGACAGCUAAUUUGGCGAAUAACCAAAUAAUUAAUUAUCGGUGUGAUCCUUCAGAGAAGUGGUUGGUUUUGAUUGGCAUUGCUCCAGGAUCACCUGAGAGGCCCCAACUGGUCAAAGGAAAUAUGCAGCUUUUCUCUGUGGAUCAGCAGCGCAGUCAAGCUCUUGAAGCACAUGCUGCAUCAUUUGCCUCAUUUAAGGUUCCAGGAAAUGAAAACCCUUCUAUUCUUAUUUGUUUUGCCUCAAAGACCACCAAUGCUGGCCAGAUUACAUCAAAGUUGCAUGUGAUUGAACUUGGUGCUCAGCCAGGCAAACCAGCUUUUACUAAGAAGCAAGCAGAUCUUUUCUUCCCUCCAGAUUUUGCUGAUGACUUCCCUGUGGCAAUGCAGAUAUCCCACAAGUACAGUUUGAUAUAUGUAAUUACAAAGCUUGGUCUUUUAUUUGUAUAUGACUUGGAGACUGCUUCUGCAGUUUAUAGAAAUCGUAUUAGUCCAGAUCCUAUAUUUUUGACAACUGAAGCUUCUUCAGUUGGUGGAUUCUAUGCUGUGAAUAGACGAGGCCAGGUGUUAUUGGCUACUGUCAAUGAAGCAAUGAUUGUUCCUUUUGUCAGUGGUCAGUUGAACAAUCUAGAGCUUGCUGUUAAUCUUGCCAAAAGAGGAAACCUUCCCGGGGCGGAGAAUUUGGUUGUGCAGCGAUUCCAAGAACUGUUUGCUCAGACUAAAUAUAAGGAAGCUGCAGAGCUUGCUGCAGAGUCUCCACAGGGAAUUCUUCGUACUCCUGAUACUGUUGCAAAGUUUCAGAGUGUUCCUGUGCAAGCUGGACAAACGCCACCUCUAUUGCAGUAUUUUGGAACUCUCUUGACUAGAGGGAAACUUAAUCCAUUUGAGUCGCUGGAGUUGUCCCGCCUUGUUGUGAAUCAGAAUAAAAAGAAUCUUCUGGAGAAUUGGUUAGCUGAAGACAAGCUUGAGUGUAGUGAGGAGCUUGGAGAUCUUGUGAAGACUGUGGAUAAUGAUCUUGCUCUGAAAAUAUACAUCAAAGCUAGGGCCACCCCAAAGGUUGUUGCAGCUUUUGCUGAACGAAGAGAAUUUGACAAAAUUCUCAUAUACUCGAAGCAGGUUGGAUACACACCUGACUAUCUAUUCCUUCUGCAAACAAUUCUGAGAUCCGAUCCACAGGGUGCUGUUAACUUUGCACUUAUGAUGUCACAAAUGGAGGGUGGUUGCCCAGUUGACUACAAUACGAUCACCGAUCUCUUCCUUCAGAGGAACAUGAUCCGUGAGGCAACAGCAUUUUUGCUAGAUGUUCUGAAGCCAAAUUUGCCAGAGCAUGGAUACCUUCAGACAAAGGUCUUGGAGAUCAAUCUAGUGACAUUUCCAAAUGUAGCGGAUGCUAUUUUAGCUAAUGGAAUGUUUAGUCACUAUGAUCGUCCUCGAAUUGCUCAACUUUGUGAGAAAGCUGGUUUGUACAUGCGUGCUCUUCAGCAUUAUACUGAGUUGCCAGAUAUCAAACGUGUGAUUGUGAAUACACAUGCCAUUGAACCACAGUCACUUGUAGAGUUCUUUGGGACCCUUUCCAGAGAGUGGGCACUGGAGUGCAUGAAGGACCUUUUACUUACUAAUCUUAGAGGAAAUCUGCAGAUAAUUGUGCAGACUGCAAAAGAAUAUUGUGAGCAAUUGGGUGUUGAUUCUUGUAUAAAACUCUUUGAACAAUUUAAGUCAUAUGAAGGAUUGUACUUUUUUCUGGGAUCAUAUUUGAGCUCCAGUGAGGAUCCUGAUAUUCAUUUUAAGUACAUCGAAGCAGCUGCUAAAACUGGACAAAUAAAAGAGGUUGAACGUGUGACAAGAGAAUCAAAUUUCUAUGACCCUGAGAAGACAAAGAACUUUCUAAUGGAAGCAAAGCUUCCUGAUGCACGACCAUUGAUAAAUGUUUGUGAUCGUUUUGGUUUUGUUCCAGAUCUUACACACUAUCUCUAUUCAAACAAUAUGCUUCGAUAUAUUGAAGGCUAUGUUCAAAAGGUCAACCCUGGAAAUGCACCUCUAGUUGUAGGGCAGCUGCUUGAUGAUGAGUGCCCAGAAGAUUUCAUUAAAGGCCUUAUUCUUUCUGUUCGUUCCCUCCUUCCAGUGGAGCCCCUUGUUGAAGAGUGUGAGAAAAGGAAUCGCCUCCGUUUACUCACUCAGUUCCUGGAGCAUCUUGUGAGCGAGGGAAGUCAGGAUGUACAUGUUCAUAAUGCUCUUGGUAAAAUCAUCAUUGACAGCAAUAACAAUCCAGAGCAUUUUCUCACCACCAAUCCAUACUAUGAUUCACGUGUUGUGGGUAAAUAUUGUGAGAAACGGGACCCUACACUGGCAGUUAUUGCUUACCGAAGAGGACAGUGUGAUGAUGAACUUAUCAAUGUCACAAAUAAGAAUUCAUUGUUCAAGCUGCAGGCCAGAUACGUUGUUGAGAGAAUGGAUUCUGAUCUUUGGGAAAACAUUCUUAGACCUGAUAAUGUGUAUAGGAGACAGCUUAUUGAUCAAGUUGUAUCUACUGCCUUGCCUGAAAGCAAGAGCCCUGAGCAAGUUUCUGCAGCUGUUAAAGCAUUCAUGACAGCUGAUCUCCCACAUGAGUUGAUUGAGCUUCUUGAAAAGAUUGUGCUCCAGAACUCAGCCUUCAGCGGAAACUUCAAUUUGCAGAAUCUCUUGAUCCUGACAGCUAUCAAAGCAGAUGCAUCGAGGGUAAUGGAUUACAUUAAUAGGUUAGACAACUUUGAUGGACCUGCAGUUGGAGAGGUGGCAGUGGAAGCACAAUUAUAUGAAGAAGCAUUUGCUAUCUUCAAGAAGUUCAACUUGAAUGUCCAGGCUGUGAAUGUUCUUUUGGACAACAUUCAAAGCAUUGAACGAGCCGUGGAAUUUGCAUUCCGUGUUGAAGAGGAUGCUGUUUGGAGCCAAGUGGCCAAGGCCCAACUCAGGGAGGGACUAGUGAGUGAUGCAAUUGAAUCAUUUAUCCGUGCAGAUGAUGCCACUCAAUUCUUGGAUGUCAUCCGGGCUGCUGAGGAUGCCAAUGUGUACCAUGACUUGGUGAGGUAUCUUCUGAUGGUGAGGCAGAAGUUGAAGGAGCCCAAGGUGGAUAGUGAACUGAUUUAUGCUUAUGCCAAGAUUGACAGGCUAGGUGAGAUUGAGGAAUUUAUUCUAAUGCCAAAUGUAGCCAAUCUCCAAAAUGUUGGUGAUCGCUUGUAUGAUGAAGCCCUGUAUGAGGCUGCAAAGAUUAUCUUUGCAUUUAUUUCUAACUGGGCCAAACUUGCAAUUACACUUGUGAAGUUGAGGCAGUUCCAAGGUGCAGUAGAUGCAGCUCGAAAGGCGAAUAGUUCAAAGACAUGGAAGGAAGUUUGCUUUGCUUGUGUUGAUGCUGAAGAGUUCCGUUUGGCACAAAUUUGUGGGCUCAACAUCAUAAUACAGGUGGAUGACUUGGAGGAGGUUAGUGACUAUUACCAGAACAGAGGAUGCUUCAAUGAGCUAAUCUCUCUCAUGGAAAGUGGUCUGGGCUUGGAGCGCGCACAUAUGGGCAUCUUUACCGAGUUGGGAGUCCUAUAUGCUAGAUACCGCCCAGAGAAGCUUAUGGAACACAUUAAACUGUUCUCAACACGUCUUAACAUUCCAAAGCUAAUACGAGCCUGUGAUGAACAACAGCACUGGAAGGAACUCACCUAUUUGUAUAUACAAUAUGAUGAGUUUGACAAUGCUGCAACCACCAUUAUGAACCAUUCUCCGGAAGCAUGGGACCACAUGCAAUUCAAAGAUGUUGCAGUCAAAGUUGCAAAUGUGGAGCUCUACUACAAGGCGGUUCACUUCUACCUACAGGAACAUCCUGAUCUUAUUAACGAUCUUCUCAAUGUACUUGCCCUUCGUGUGGACCAUACACGUGUAGUAGACAUAAUGCGGAAGGCGGGUCACCUGCACCUUGUGAAGCCAUACAUGGUAGCAGUUCAGAGCAACAAUGUUGCUGCUGUGAAUGAAGCUUUGAAUGAGAUCUAUGUUGAGGAGGAGGACUAUGAUAGACUGCGAGAAUCAAUUGAUAUGCAUGAUAACUUUGAUCAAAUAGGCCUAGCCCAGAAGGUUGAGAAACAUGAGCUUCUUGAGAUGAGACGCAUUGCAGCUUAUAUUUACAAGAAAGCAGGUAGAUGGAGACAGUCCAUUGCAUUGUCUAAGAAAGACAACCUUUACAAAGAUGCCAUGGAAACAUGUUCACAGUCUGGUGACCGUGAACUUUCAGAGGAGUUGCUUGUUUAUUUCAUUGAGCAGGGAAAGAAGGAGUGCUUUGCUUCUUGCCUCUUUGUUUGUUAUGAUUUAAUUCGGCCUGAUGUUGCAUUAGAACUUGCCUGGAUGAACAAUAUGGUCGACUUUGCUUUCCCUUAUCUCUUGCAGUUUAUCCGUGAGUAUACAAGCAAGGUUGAUGAACUUAUAAAGGACAGACUCAAUGCUCUUAGUGAAGUGAAGGCUAAGGAGAAAGAGGAAAAGGAAAUGGUUGCACAACAGAAUAUGUAUGCCCAGUUGCUGCCUCUUGCUUUGCCUGCACCGCCAAUGCCAGGGAUGGGAGGAGCUUCAAUGGGUGGAGGUUUUGCACCACCACCACCUAUGGCUGGCAUGGGUAUGCCUCCAAUGCCACCUUUUGGCAUGCCCCCUAUGGGGACAUACUAAUUUUGGGGUGAUGAGUUCCAAAUGAGUGUAGUAGUUAAAUAUCAAAGGAGGAAGGGGAAGCUAUCUGUCUAUAUGAUCUGCAGUUACACUUGGCGGAUGGAAUUCUUUCUUCUCAAGGGGGAAUGUGAAGGUCUCAGGUCCUGAAUAAGUUCUUUGGUCGGGUUUUUUUCAUAGGGUGUGCUUGUAUCUUCAAAUAUUCUUUUGGUAGCAGAGGCAUUUUUUUGCUGCCGUUGAGGCUGAGCUGAGCAUCUUCUGCCUGCUGGACUGUUACUGUUGUUUGGCACCGUGAAAAUGUUGAACUCUGGUGUAGUCGAUGUAAUCUAGUGAUGGUUGUGGCUUUGUUGCCACUUGUAUAGGUGGUUUAGUCUUCUUCGUUGAUUAAGAACCUUUUAAUUUUAGUGGUGUAUUUGAUUGCUUCCCCUUGUUUUAGGGUUUCACUCUUAUCCCAUUUGGCUUACAUGAUGCCUCUCGCUAUGCCUUUCCCUUGUUGGGUGUAAUUUGAGGAUCUGCAUUAGAUGUCGUCCAAGGGUCAAAAUAUAGCAACAUAUCGGGCUGUAUCAGCUUAUAUGUAUCGUUCCGACAAGAACCCGGUACACAAUGUGUAUAAAUCAUUUGUUCCAUUUC